AUGGAACGGUCUUUGCACGAUGCACUACUGGUGGUAAAACGGGUUUUGGAAAGCAAACGGAUUGUACCCGGUGCCGGAGCUUGUGAAGUUGCUAUCUCAAUCUACCUUGAAAAUUAUGCUGUCACUUUAAGCUCACGUGAACAGCUUGCUAUAGCUGAAUUUGCUCGAGCCAUGUUGUCCAUUCCAAAACAGUUGGCAGUUAAUGCUGGUCUUGAUUCAACUGAACUUCUUGCUCGUAUGCGAUCAUGUCAUCAUUUAAGUCAGACAAAAGCUGACCAAGCUCACUACAAGUGGUGGGGACUUGACUUAAAUAAUCAACGUGUAGCUGAUUGCAAAGCAUUGGGUGUAUUCGAACCGCUUGUUUCCAAAAUUAAAAGUUUAAAGUUUGCUACGGAAGCUGCCAUCACAAUUUUACGAAUUGAUGAUCUAAUCAAAUUAAAAGAAGAAAGGCAGCCUGAUCAUGAUGGUGAUGAGUGUUAUUAG